AUGAGUGUUCAUAGUGGAAAGCUUGACAAUGUAGCAGUGGUGGAGAAGGUCCUGCAAUCCAUGACAUCAAAAUUUGGUUAUGUGGUCUCCUCAAUUGAGGAGUCAAAAAAUGUUGUAGAGAUGUCCAUUGAGGAAUUGCACAACUCACUUUUGGUGCAUGAACAGAGAAUGAAGAGCAAUUACGUGGAGGAGCAGGCAUUGAAGGUAUCCACAAAUUGGAGAAACUCUAGUAGAGGUCGAGGAUGGUUUCGGGGAGGACGAGGAAGAGGCAGAGGAGGCUUUGAUGGUGGUAGAGGAGGCUUUGAUAAGUCCAAUGUCAAAUGUUAUCGAUGUCAUGGGUAUGGCCACUUCAAAUCUGAAUGCACCUCCAAUUUGCGUUAUGGUAGAGGAGAGAAAGCUAAUUUUGCAGAGAAAUAA